UAAAGUCAAGGCUAAAUUACAGUCAACUCAGAUGUGCCUGGAGAAUGAACGGCGGACGAAUCGACACUCUGAACACACUGAACCUCACUUCAGGGGAGAACAGAAAGGUGAAAACAAACUCAAGGAAGCUGCGAGCACAGUGGAUUGUUUGUCUUUGGGUAUUUGACGACCGAGCUCAUAGAGGACAUCUGUCUGCCUCUCAGCGUACGCUCUGCACCUCGUGAGCAACACAGCAUGCUUUAAAGCUCUGAGGAGGUAGAAGGGCAGUUUUCAUCCAGCCUGAUCCGAGGAAAAGAAGCACUUCGUCCUCUCUCAAUCGCCUUCUAUUCCUUUGUGUCCCCUCGGUCAUUAUGUUUCUGCUUUGGGCAAUGAAAUGAACAACUCUUCGCGACUUCAGGGGAUUUUGUCCCAUCAUGUCUGUGCCUCUUUGUACUCUGCGUCCUCCAUACUCCCACCUUUUCCUCCACAACGCAGACUUUUCCCCGUGAAACUGCUUUCUUUCAUUCCUCCAUUUCUUUUCUCCCAAAAUUUUGUUUUUCCUCAGACACACUCACAUAUGCUCCAUCAUCAGCUCUUCCGACCUUGCACAACUCCCUUGCCUGAUCUUUUCCCCCUUAUUUACCUUUCCUCUCUCACCAUUUUCGACUAUCCGAUUUUCUCUCCUUUCCUGAGCCUGAGAGCUCCCGGGACUCAGUGGCUGACCACACACUCAUUCUCUCUCCUAAUCGCCACCUCUCCUCGACCCGCUCUCCUCCGCGCUUUUUCUUUCACCUCCCUCACAAUUAUCCUUCCCGUCCUGUCACAAUGUACUCCUCUGAGGAGCUCUGGAACACCACCGAGCACGUAUGGAUCAACGGCUCCAAGGCAAACUUCUCUCUGCGAAGACACGGGGAAGAUGAGGAGGAGGAAGAUGAUCAGCACCCCUUCCUCACAGACGCCUGGCUGGUCCCCCUCUUCUUCUCCCUCAUCAUGCUGGUUGGACUGGUGGGCAACUCUCUCGUUAUAUAUGUAAUUUCCAAACACAGGCAGAUGAGGACGGCAACCAACUUCUACAUAGCAAACCUGGCUGCCACCGACAUCAUUUUCUUGGUGUGCUGCGUCCCCUUCACUGCCACCCUCUAUCCCCUCCCUGGAUGGAUCUUUGGCAACUUCAUGUGCAAAUUUGUUGCCUUUCUACAGCAGGUGACAGUCCAAGCCACCUGCAUCACUCUGACAGCUAUGAGCGGGGACCGCUGUUACGUCACCGUCUACCCUCUGAAAUCUCUCCGUCACCGCACCCCAAAAGUAGCCAUGAUUGUCAGCGUCUGCAUUUGGAUUGGCUCCUUCAUUCUGUCUACCCCAAUUCUAAUGUACCAGCGUAUAGAGGAGGGUUACUGGUACGGCCCGAGGCAGUACUGCAUGGAGAGAUUCCCCUCAAAGACACACGAGAGGGCUUUCAUCCUCUAUCAGUUUAUUGCUGCCUACCUGCUGCCCGUCCUCACGAUCUCCUUCUGCUACACUCUGAUGGUGAAGAGGGUAGGCCAGCCCACUGUGGAGCCUGUCGACAACAACUAUCAGGUCAACCUCCUGUCUGAGAGAACUAUCAGUAUCAGGAGCAAAGUCUCCAAGAUGGUGGUAGUAAUCGUCCUCCUCUUCGCCAUUUGCUGGGGUCCCAUCCAGAUCUUCGUCCUCUUCCAAUCUUUCCAUCCUAACUACCAGCCCAACUACACCACAUACAAGAUAAAGACGUGGGCCAACUGCAUGUCCUACGCCAACUCAUCGGUCAACCCCAUAGUUUACGGAUUCAUGGGAGCCACCUUCCAAAAGUCCUUCAGGAAGACCUUCCCGUUUCUGUUCAAGCACAAGGUCAGAGAUAGCAGCAUGGCUUCCAGGACUGCCAACGCUGAGAUCAAGUUCGUUGCUGCCGAAGAAGGCAACAAUAACAAUGCAGCAAAUUGAAUCUGACAAAUAAAAAACAGCAACAAUGAGAUUAUUGCUUGUAUCCAGAGCAAUCGCUGCAAGAAGAUUAAAAACAAACAAUUUCUAGCCAUGGGUUCAUUGUGUGAAUGUCUUCAUAGAGCAACUGGCUGAUUGCAAAAGGACAGACCUUGUUUGACGUAUUUUUGUUAUGUUAAAUACAACUAAUUAAAGAUUUUAUUUGGGGAAACAGAGAUUCAUAAUACAGAGGGACGUGAACAGUGUUUGGCACAAUAUAUCACCUGUUUGACAGCCAAGGCCAGGCAGUGUCGGCACAUUACAUCACCCAUUGUGCUGCCAAACACCACAGCCAAAUAACAGAGGACAGCCGUACACAUCUGAUGACGAGAGAGUAAACCUUUGCCUGAAAGCUGCCGGCAUGAGUCCUAAUACUAUAAUCCCUGUAAGAUCCUGGCUGACAAGGUCUGCAGCUUUGGUAUACACCAUUCAUUAUUUGGACAGCUGAGGAUAUUUUGUAUUCUGAGACACAUGAGAAUAUGGUAUUUUGGAAAUGACAGUGGACAAUUAAUACACAAGAACAGAUGCCUAUGGACAUGUUUUGUUUCUUCAAUUUGCUCCUUUCUCUGGAGAAAAAGAGAGACAUUCAAGGGUCUCUUUCUGUAUCUGACAUUCUGGGAAGCAGCUAACACUGUAAUAUUUCUGAAAGGAAUAGUUUGACAUUGUGAGAAAUAUACCUUUUGCCUUUCUUGCGGAGAGUUAAACGAGAAGAUUGUGACCGCUUUCAUGGUGAUUAGCUUAGCUUAGCAUAAAGACUGGAAACACGGGGCAACAGCUAACUUGGUUUAUUCAAAGAUCAAAAAAGCACCUGUAAAGAUCAUUACUUAGGUAACACAUAUUGAAUUUGUUUAACCAGGUUGUUUUUCAUCAAGAAACAGAAUAUACAAAGGUGUUAAUGGGCGUAUUUAUUUUACUUUGGACAGAGCCAAUUCCCCCUAUUUCCACCCUUUAUGGUAAGAUGAAUCAUAUUGAAGUUCUUAUGAUUAACAACUUAAUUUCAGUUUUUCAAACUUGUAAAUAGUGUUCAUGUCAAAUCACAAAUUGUAAUAAAAACUUAUUUUGAACAUCUCACUUAGCAAUUAACGAUACAGAAAGUCUGGCGUUUAAUGUAUUUCCAGCCACAUUUCAUUGAUGUGAUGUUAUAUUGUCGGCUCACGUAUUUUUAAUCCUCAAAUGAACUUUGAAACCAUAAAACCGUCUUCAGUUGUCUAGUUGUGAACGCUGCAUUAACACAGUGACGUUCCUAAAAAUGUCAUACUAUUCUUUAAAUAAUUGGACUGACAUUGGAUGUCGGGUAUUUAUUGUAUGGUGAAUCUGCGCUAUAGAGUCCCUUCCCUCCUUUCAACUUUGCAACCAAACAACCUGAACACUAAAAGCUUCAUCAGUUGUGCUUAUUUUUUGUGCUCCCAAUAUUGUGUGGCUAAUUUUGCAAAUACCUCGCUGUUGUCUGUCUCGAGUGGGGUAGAUUAUGAUGGAGGUGGCGUCAGAAAAAUAGAAGGAUGUUUUAAGUUUCUUUUUUCUCCCUCCACAAUAACAGUAAGCUCAGGAUAACAUGGGGUUAAAGUUUAUUUUUGAUCAGAAUCCAACAACACAAAAGCCAGCAUCCAACUGAAUGUGAGUUUCUCUGCUGUUAAAUGUGAUGAGUGGGAUCUGGCUGAUACAGGGGUUAUGACCGGUGAAGCAUGGACAGUGUUUACCUUUCUUUUGUGUCCCACACACAAACAUUCACACCUUCGUCAUACACAGGCAUGCACAUGCACGUUCACCCGGUACAUCCAGGUGUUGUUUAUUGGAAUCAGUUGUCACAUCUUUGAGAAACGCCUCUGUAUGAUCUUGUCAGGCUGACUAAAUUCUAAAUGGUGGAGGUGACCCGUAUGGCCUGUUCCCUGUUGUGAGAUGGAAGUAACACCCAUCAUUGUUAAUACAUCUACAGAAACCCUGCCAGCUCAUUACACUCCAGAUGCUGUCCUUUUCUUUUUAUCCCACAUAGUGACUUUCAAAAUCAGGACUUCAUAGAAAAUCUGCUAAUGUAAUUCUCAUUUGAAUUUUAGAUGAUGUGAGACUUGCUGUAAUCAGGACACCAAAGCGUGAGUGCACCUGAGUGGUUUUGGCUGCCAUAAUUAGACAUGAAUAGUUAACAAAAACGUGCUGUCGUUAAUUGAGAUACAAUUUGAGCACAAGUGGACAAACCUUUAUCUGUGACCACCUUAAGGUCACUAAACAACGCAUCCUCAAAAAAAAUGACUCAUCGUUUUUUAUUGCGUUUUCCUACGAAAGUCCAGAAACACCUGUCAAUUUACGCUCGUUACACGCAUACUGUCUUUAACUUCCGAAACAGCUUAGACAACAAAACUACUAGAUCAUAGUUUGGGUUAAAAUAACUAUGGAAGUGACGAUACUUAAAUUCGGAAGUUAGGUGACUAAGAAAUCAACGUUGACUUUUCUCACGCAGCACGAACAGCAGUCUGCUGGGGGAAAGACCGGUUUUGACAUAUCCACCUACCCUCCCUCCCUCCCUUGGUCAGAUUUAAUAAAAUAUCAUGUUUUGGGUUCAUGUUAACCAUGUUAAUGGUUUGGUUUGACACAGGACAUGAACACCAGUUUCCUGUGUAUAAGUCCUGUGCCUUCCCUACACGUCUUUGAUUAAAUGUAUUUAUUAUGUCUAUGAAAAUAUGUUCCCUCGCAACGUAAACGAGCACAGAUUAAUCGUAUGGGAAAGACCAGGCUGAAUUAUAUGUAUCCCUGAAGUACUUCUUUUUUUUUUUUUAAAGCACCUUGACUUUAAUUUUAUUCAAAUAAGUUUCUCUCUGAAAGUAGGAAGUGAUAAGACCUCCAUCUAUAAUUAUCUUAGUCUACAAAAAGCAAGGUCCCUCAGUUUCAUCUGCAAAUUCAAAAUGGAAUAUCUUGUAUGAAGUGCACUGCAAAGCCAUUUAUUUUAUCUGAGUGCUUCUGUCAUGUCUUAACAUGUAAUGCUAAUGACUGAUUGUUGCUUUUUUAACGUAUGUUAAUUGUGCUGCAUUUAUUCCAAAGAGUGUAUUGUACAUCCAUUAGGACUGAGGUCAUCAAUAAUAUGUAGUUUUCUGCUUCACGUUUAGUAUUCUCUUGUAUCUACGCUUAUUCUGACAUUGUGAUUAGUACAUGGCUGUCCUUGUUCGGAAAUAUCUUCACUAAAGCUUAUUAAACCUUGAACAAUAAAACAGAGUGACACAUGUUUGGGUUGGCCAAAUAACUUGAGCAGCAGUGAUGAUUUGAUAAUUCCUCAGGGUUAAGUGAAAUCCUGUCUGUAGUAAGUUUAUUUUUAAUUCAUUUUGUUGGUGCCGAUCAUGAAUUAUCCUGCAAAUAGUGAUGUUGCUAUCGCAGAGCGCUGCAUAGUUUUUGAUUAGCUGAAUUAAUGCUUUUCAUUUGUACUGGGAAUCAUCAUGAAACAAUGUUUUUCUUUCUUGUUGCCCAUUAAAAAAAAAAAAGACUUGUCUGCUAA